AUGGCUCGCUUCGCCGUGGUCGCCGCCAUCGUCGCCCUCCUCGCCGUCACCGCGGCCGCGCAGGCCCCGGCCGCGACGCCCACCCCGGCGCCCAGGAUGGCCCCGCUGCCGCGCUCCCCGGCCACCGCCCCGGCACCGGCCGCGAAGCCGCCCACCGCCUCGGCGCCGUCCCCGCUGGCCUCUCCCCCGGCCCCGCCCGCCGCCGAGGGCCCCGCCGCGGCCGCGCCCUCCGCGCUGACACCGACCAGCUCCGUCUCCGCCCCCGCCGGCGCCCCCACCGCCACGCCCACCGGGAACGGCGCCGCCUCCUCCGCCGUUGUUUACAUGAGAAAUGAGGGGGCACCAAGUUUUCUGAAAUCCACGUGCUAA